CUUCCAAUUUUCCUCAACCUUGGUCUCCGGCGGCAACGCAAUUGAAGAAAGUCAAAAUCAUUGUGGGUGUUGGUCCUACUGCUACUACACACUAGUAUUUUACUUCUGCACAUGCCUCUGUAGCAGCCAAAGCUCCGCUUUCAUUUCCAAUGGGUACUCUGUUCCUCAUUUUUCUUCUCUCUCUGGCCAUUCAUUCUCCACCUUCGUCUUCAACCUCCGACUCUUUGAGUUUGAGCAGAGGCUCCUCCCUCUCUGUUGAGAAACCAGAAGAUGUGUUAGUUUCAGCUGAUGGUGUUUUCACUGCUGGCUUUCACCAAGUCGGCAACAACUCAUUUUGCUUUGCCAUUUGGUUCACCGAGCCUUCAUCAUCUGACCACUACCAAAACCGCACAAUAGUUUGGAUGGCCAACCGAGACCAACCGGUGAAUGGGAAACGCUCAAAGCUCUCCCUCCUAAAAACUGGUAAUCUCAUCUUAACUGAUGCUGGUCAGUCCAAUGUUUGGGCCACAACCACCACUUCACUCUCACCAGUGCACUUAACCUUACAAAAUUCUGGUAGCCUGGUUUUACAGAAGUCGGAUCAUUCUGUUUUAUGGCAAAGCUUUGAGUUCCCAACUGACACCCUUCUUCCGCACCAACCACUCACCAGGAACACAAUUCUUGUCUCCAUGAGAAGCCAGAGCAACUUCUCCUCUGGUUUCUAUAAGCUUUUCUUCGACAAUGACAACCUCCUCCGUCUACUCUAUGAUGGCCUUCAGACUUCAAGUGUCUAUUGGUUUGAGCCAUGGCUUGCAGGCCAGGAUGCUGGAAGGUCCACAGACAAUAGCAGUAGAAUUGCAGUGCUAGAUUCAUUGGGCAAUUUUACUUCAUCUGAUAAAUAUACACUAAUGGCAGCUGAUUAUGGUGCGAAGUCACAGAGAAGAUUGACUGUUGAUUCUGAUGGAAAUGUUCGGUUGUAUAGCAGGAAAAAGCCAGGAGACAAAUGGGCUGUUUCAGGGCAAGUCAUUUCCGAUCCAUGUAAGAUUCAUGGCGUUUGUGGAGUUAAUAGCGUCUGUAGCUAUGAUCCUGGUCAUGGUAGGAAAUGCUCUUGCAUUCCAGGUUACCGUUUGAUCAACCAUACUGAUUGGAAUUAUGGUUGUGAGCCUCAAUAUAAUUACACUUGCAGCAAAGGUGAGUCCACUUUCUUUAAACUUUCAAAGCUUGAGUUUUUCGGGUAUGAUUAUGGCUACUUCACGAAUUACACCUACGAGGAUUGUGAGAACUUGUGCUUGAAACUAUGCAACUGCAAAGGAUUUCAGUACUCUCGUAUCCCUGGCAAACCGACUUAUAGCUGUUACCCGAAGACGGUGUUACUCAAUGGAUACAGAUCACCUAGCUUUUUUGGAGACUUGUAUUUGAGACACAGGCUUCUUGUUUAUGAGUACAUGGAACAUGGUUCCUUGGCACAAAAUUUGUCUUCCAAUGUGCUUGAUUGGGAAAAGAGGUUUGAGAUUGCUGUGGGCACAGCAAAAGGUCUUGCUUAUCUGCAUGAGGAGUGCUUGGAGUGGGUUUUACACUGUGACGUUAAGCCUCAAAACAUACUCUUAGAUUCUAAUUACCAACCAAAAGUAGCAGAUUUUGGCCUCUCCAAGCUAUUCAACAGGGGCGGCCUUAAAAAUUCAAGUUUUUCAAGGAUAAGAGGAACCAGGGGUUACAUUGCUCCAGAGUGGGUGUACAAUCUACCUAUUACAUCAAAAGUGGAUGUAUACAGCUAUGGGAUUGUUGUGUUGGAGAUGGUGACCGGAAAGAACCCGACAAUGGGCGUGGAUGUCAUUGAUGGUGAGCAAAGAAGGCUGAUCCUGUGGGUGAGGGAGAAGGUAAAUGGAACUAUUGAUAUUGCGUCAAGGAUGGGAGAGAUCAUAGACCCUUCUUUUGAAGGUAAUUAUGAUGUGAAAAAGAUGGAGAUUUUGUUGGAAGUGGCUUUACAUUGUGUCGAGGAAGACAAAGAUGCAAGACCUACCAUGAGCCAAGUCGUUGAGAUGCUUCUGCAGCUUGAGAAAGACGAAUCUCAUUAGAGUGCAACAGUGAGUGAUGGCUUGCUGUCCUGGGUCCGUUGUCAUGGUAUUAUUAAGCACUACAUAUCACAUCUAAAUAUAGUUUAUUUUUAUUUUCUUUCAACUGUCAGUUGUCAUGGUCUUAAAGGCUGGUUCCCAAUAUAGUUUCUUCAUGUUCUGUUCCUGUAAGCUGUAACACAAAAGUCAUCUUUAACUUACCUUUCUGUUUCCCCAUUUUGAAAGCUAUAGAUGUAUUAUUUCCAUGCAAGUAUGGAAUGGAUUACAAUUUUUGUAUUCUAAAAAAUAUAUAUAAAAAAAUGUAGU